AAAAUGUAUAAAUAUAUACGAAUUAAUUUAGUGAAACAUGUUCAGUACUUUUCUAAAAUGAAGAACACAACCAUGCGACUUUUUACUGUGGCAUUAAUACUUUGUUGUUGCUUGAAUUUUGUAAUAUCCAAACCAAAUCAUGAAGAAAGCGAACAUAACCAUUUGAAAGAAAAGUCCCAUCAACAUCAUAAUGAAAGAGCUCAUCAGAAGGUGAGGGCUCACCAUGAGAAUCAUGAGGGAAGAGCACAUCAGGUACAUCAAAAUGAAAAAGCUCAUCAAGUAAGAGCUCAUAAUGGAAAUCAUCUUGACAGGAAUCACCAUGAAAGUAAUAAACAUUUAGUUGAGCGCAAAGGACAUCAGCAAAGGUCCCAUUUACAUUAUAGGGAUCAACAGAACCAACAAUGCUCUUGGGUUUGUAAUGGAGACCAAAACGGUCUGUUUGACUCCAACAUACAAGUGCAAUACAAAACUUCAUCGGCUUUAUUUGGAAUAUUUAAUAAAGCGUCCAAAGAGGCGUUAAUCUUUGCUUACGAUGCAAAUAUAACCGCUUUACUUGAUGGUAAAACAGGAUCGUCUUUUAUCCUCGAUAUCUACAAGGAUCAACUGAUCAGUUUACCAUUCAUCCCGGGGAUUUCGUGGAACGCUAAUGACACAAGUUUCCAGGAUUAUUUCCAAAAUAUAUCUAUACCUAAUUAUUUACAAGCAGCAGAAGAAAAAGGCCAAAAGUUCGAUAUAGAUAAAGUACCAGAGAGUAUUGCUAACUCAAUUGAAGAAGACUUGAAAUCUCUAGGUUUACCGAUUCCUUUCAACCAAGCUCUACCUAUGUUCACGGUUUUCUUAACGUCUUUAAGAAACGGUUUAGCGUUAUUGUACAUGGGCAACGGAGCUUUCGAUAUUCAAAACGACGUUAGAUGGUUCAUCAAAAUAAAUCUGUUCUUAAAUGAUUUAUUAAAAGAUGAAGGUUUCGACUUAUCGAACAUCACCUUGGAUCCUAAGAAUAUAUUUAGCGGAUCUUCUGGAAUACAAGUUGUGGCAAAUCUGUUUUCUCAAUUAGCCAGACGCAUCAAUUUUUCGUCUUUCUUCAAUAGUUUCAUCAAUUCAAGGGAAAAAUUUUUACAUUUAUUGGAAGAUCUAAGUUCGGGAUCUAAUGACGGUCUCGAUGGAUUGAUGACAAUUUUUGUACAUGUUAUGAGAGCUUCGUCGAUGGAGGAAUCUCCAACGGCAGUGAUAAGAUCAAUUUUAUCGUAUAAUUCCACUGGAUCGGAAGAAGCUAGUAUGAGUCAAGUUAUAGAUCAAUUUUUAGAGAUAAUGAGGGUUCAAAGUCAUUUGUUCCCGAUGAGCGAAGGCGCCGAUUUGUUUAUAAAAUUCUUAGAAGCUGCCAACCAUAAUAAUUUAGUUAUGAACAACAUACAUAUCUUCGAUUUAUUCAAAUUAUUUUUUUCUCCGAAUCCAAUGGAUAGAUUUAAUACUAUUAUACAAGUUUUUUCAAGUUUUAUGCCGCAACGUGGCAUUCCAGCUUUCUUUGGUUUCGUAAGAGAAAUUAUGAGCGAUGGAUCUAACUCAACCGUACUAAAUCAACUACUUCCUGGUGUCAAUAUAUCUCAGUUUACCGGUAACGGUAGCAUGUUACAAAAUAUAUUCGGCGGAAGAAAUUUAACCCAAUUACUAUCUGAUGGUAAUAUAACGUCAGUCUUGUCUCAAAUUCCUAUUUUCGGGGAUAUAUAUCGACGAAUAUCCUCAGCUUUUGGAGGACAAGGCAUAGAACAGUUUAUAGAUCCAUUCCAUUUCGGAUCUUUUUUUACUAAUGGAUUGAACAAUUUUCUACCUGGAAUUGAACAAUUUUUUAGUUCGUUUACAAAUUCUUCGCAAGGUGGGGGUUUUGAAGAUAUGCUGAAUACGUUUCAAAGUGAAGCGAAUAAUGUAUUUGGUUAAUAUGAAUGUGGGCAUGUAAAUUUUUUCUGUUAAAUAUAAGGAUUAUCAAUUGAAUAA